UGCGUUAGCUCCCGACGGGAAGACUAUUCUCUUUCAAGACGUUCCUUCCAACGCUUCACUGCAGCCGAAGUUAUCAUGGUCUUUGAAGACCAAACCCACCCGAAGAUAUCGCCCUAGGAUACAAUAUAGGCCUGCUGAGACGCUGAAAACGUCUGCGGUCCGUGUGAGCUUACCGAUAGAUUGGGAUGAAGACGAGAUUUCAGGACCUGAUACUUCGAACAACGAAACUCUUUCCUUGCUGGCAAAAUGACUUGGGAUGCGUAUCUAUCUCCUAAAGAUACUACCUGGUACGAUCUUGGCAAUGGUUGGAAUGUGAGCUAUCCAGUUGGCUGGGAACCAGGCUCUGAUGGUUUCCGAGGCCAUGUCUUUGCUACUCCCGACAACUCAACGAUAGUACUGGGCAUUAAAGGCACAUCAGCUGGAUUUAUGGGAGGUGGUGGACCGACUGCGCGCAAGGACAAGCUGAACGAUAACCUCCUGUGGUCAUGCUCUCUAGCGGAGGAUUCGUUGUUUUAUUCCGUUGGAACGAAUCUUUAUAAUAACUUGACAUACAUGUAUCCACACUCGAAUAUUUGGAUCACGGGGCACAGUCUCGGAGGCGGGUUGGCUUCCUUAUUGGGCAUUACUUUUGGCGUUCCAGCUGUAGCUUUUGAGUCCCCAGGCGAUAAAGCUGCAGCUGAGCACCUCCACCUACCAAUGCCGCCAUCAACACACCAUGUCACCCACGUUUAUCACAACGCCGAUCCAGUUCCUCUGGGAGCCUGUACUGGCCCGCUUUCAUCAUGUUACCUUGCUGGAUUUGCCCUCGAGACACAUUGUCAUCUUGGGAGGAGCAUCGUCUACGACACGGUAGGCAAACUGGGUUGGUCGGUGAACAUCCAGAACCACCAAUUGUCUGUGAUCAUUAAUGAUGUCUUAACCCUUCCUUGGGAUGUACCAAACGCUAUCCCUGAAGAUGACUGUGUGGAAUGCCACUCUUGGGAAUUCGGUGACUAUAACAAGACAAUGGUGGAUAAUCGACCACUGGCAUGGGAAUCAUCUCUGGACCAUAGAUAAGGAAUCAGGAUGUGCAAUCCCACCAACAUGAUAUUUAUAUCUCUGUCGGUGCAAUUGGUUAACACGCAAACGGCCUAUUGGACUGAGGAUGACCAACCCCUGGAUAUGACACACGGUUGUUGAUCGAUUGACUGGACAGAUGGGUUUGGAGUUCUGCCACUAGACGAAGCCAAGCUUUUCUUUUUCACUGCGACGUUUCAGCAGAAAAACACUGUGUUCCUCAGCAUCUCGAAUCAAGUCAUUCCAAAUUACGAAUAGUUCAGAUAGUGCGUUCAC